AUGGCUGGUGGCAUGAGAGCGACAGGCCCCAAGCGCCGCCCUCCCAAAGAGAAGCCCUGCACCGCACCGAAGCACCCAGCAGCAGGGAAGGUGUCCCACGUCGGUGUGGUUGCCAAGUUCAAGAGCGGCAAGACGGUCGUGACAGCCGAGGCCGAGGCCGAGGCCACCGCCUGUGCUAGGGACGCCCGCUCCCAGGGAGCUGGCGCAGCGAACGUCGAUGGUGAAAGCCAGGCGGAUCUCGACGCCCGCAGCGGCGCGGCUCGCGAGGAGGUUGCCGGUGUGCAGCGGCAGGACAUCAAGGGCCGGCAGGAGGGCGGUUUCCUUUUGCAGGCCGUCCAGCCCCUUGACACGGCCCAGGGAGACGGCGGCGCAGAGUCACUGGCAGGCGCCUCGGGGCCCAAGGUUCCAGUUGCCGUGCCGGUCGGCGCCCGCAUGUGCUCCGCUGACGUGGCCGUCCUGGUCGCCGAUGCCUUCUCAGAUGGACUCGAGUUUGCCGCUCUGCAGGAGCAGCUGCGCCAGGAAGAGGCGGUGGCGCGGCUCCUUGAGGCCGAGGCCGCAGCCGAGAAGGAGUGCGAGGGCCGCAUUGCGGCGGAGACGCUGCUGCGGCGCAGGCGGCGCACCAAUGACGUGCUCGCCGUGGAGAACGAGUUGCUUCAGGAGCAGCUGCGGCGGGCAGAGGCGGACGCAGCAAGCCACGAAGCGCGCGCCGCAGCCGCCGAGGACGCGUGGGCGCAGCAAACGGCGCGCGCCGAUGCGGCCGGGGUGCUUGCAGCGGACCAGGCUGUGCGCGCGGCUGCUGCUGAGGCGCGCGAGGCGCAGCAGGCCGUGCGGGUUGCAGCCGCUGAGUCGGCAGCCGUCGCGGCGCGGUGCGAGGCCGCCGCGCGGCUCGAAAGGCAGAGGGGCGAGGUUGCUUCCAGCCAUGCUGCCGCUGAGAAGGCCGCCGGCGAGAUCCGAGGGCUGCGCGCACGCGUCGCCUACCUGACUGGUCAGCUUGAGCGCAGACCAGUGAAGGUGAUGCCAGCGCGCAGCCUGCCGGUGGCACCCCGCAAGCUGGAAGUGGAGCUGCGCAGCCAGCUCGCGGUGGCCGAGGAGCGGCUGUCGGCGCAACAGGCGGCGGCGGCGGCGGCGCGCGCCGGCCAGCAGCAGGCCGAGGCAGAGCGCCUGCAGCUCGCGGCGCAGCUGGAGGGCGCGCGGCUGGGCGUGCAGAGGUUUGAAGAGAGGGUGGCCGCCAUGGAGGGCGGCCUUGUUGUGGUGAGGGAGCGUGUGGCGCAGCUGCAGCAGGCGGAGGCCCUGGCGCGCCAGGGGCAGCGGGAGGCAGAGGAAGGCGUGCGGGCGGCCGACGCGCGCGCAGCCGCCGCUGAGGGUGCGGCCGCCUCAGCCGAGGCGGUGGCUGCCGAGUCACUCGCGGCGGCCAAGGCGGCUGCCGCGCGGGCGGCGGAGCAGGUGGCGGCGGCACAGGAGGAGGCUGAGCACGAGCGUGCGGCCAAGGUGGCGGCGCAGCAGGCACAGGCCGCAGCAGAGGCGGCCUUGGCUCAGGAGCUCAGUCGGGGAGAGCAGCAGCAGCAGGCGCACACUGCAGAGCUGCAGCGCGUGGGACAGCAGGCGGCGGCGUUCGUAGUGGCCGCCGCUGCGACGGCGUCUGAAGCCGCGGCGCAGCUGCAGCAGAUGCAGCAACAGGUCGCAGCUGAGCAGGCAGAGAGGCGGGUGGCCGCCGAGGCGCUGGCUGUGUCGCUCGCGGCGGCCGAGGAUGAGAGUCGGCGGCAGCGGCGGGAGUGCGGACGCCUGCAGCAGCAGCUGGAGCGUGAGAGGGCAGAGCGGCGGAGCGCAGAGGCAGCGGCGGUGGUGGUCUUGGAGGCAGCGCGGUCUGAAGCUGCCCGCCUGCAGGAGCAGCUGGCGGCAAUUCAGGCCCAUCAGCGGGCCUCUCUGGAGCCGAGCGGCGAUGCGAGUGCCACCGACGGGGUCUCGACCCCGCAGCCUGUGACGCCCGGCCCUGAGCCUGGCGCCGGGGCGGCGCGCCUGCUGAGGCGUAACAGCAGCGGCGCCAGCAGCGGCAGCAGCCGGGCCGGCAGCUUCAUCCUGCGACGCCUGCAGGCGGACGACGCGUCGCCGGUGCGCACGCCACAGCGGCUGCAAAGCCUGGGCAUGCGCGCCAGCAGUGAGGGUGCUGCGAGCGACGAGGGGCGCGAGAGCGAUGACGGGCUCAGGGCCGCAGGCUCUGAUCCAGCCCGCGGCGGCGGCCGGCGCUGCACUUGGAUCAGGGUAGCAGCAGCGGCGGCAGCAGCGACCGCAGGCGUGGUUGCCGCGGCGGCAGCCGGCGGGCUGGUGGGCUCGUGGGUCGGUGGCGGCCGCCUGCGGCGCGGGCACAGGUGCUCGUAG